GUUCACAGACGUCCUCCAUAAAAACCCGCGAAACUAAAAUGAUUUGUUAAUUUAUUUAAUUUAAUUUAACUUCUCUGCUAAACUCUCUAUGCUGCAACUUUUGUACUAUAAAUUGAUGAAAUUUCCUAAAUAAGCAUCUUGGCGUCAUUUCAUUCAUUGCUAGUCUAAAAAUUAAAAGUUAUUUAAAUUAAAGAUAGCAUGGAAAACGUAACAGAUGUCAAACUUCCUAAUAAUCCGUCAACAUCUACCAAUCCGGCAAAAUCUUUAUCGUGCAAUGUUAAUCUGUACAACGGAUUCGUGCAAGCGGCUGAUGUGCCAUCCCUCGACAACUAUCGAAAAUUGGAGAAAAUCGGCGAGGGAACGUACGGCAUAGUGUAUAAAGCCAAACAUCUCCCGACUGGUAACAUGGUAGCUCUCAAAAAAGUUAGACUGGAUAGUGAUCCAGAAGUGGGAGUCCCCAGUACGACGAUUAGGGAAAUAUCUCUGCUCAAAGAAAUCGCAAAUCCCAAGAUCAUAUCACUAUUGGAUGAGGUGAUAUGCUUCAAAGCCAUCUACUUAAUAUUCGAAUACUUGGACUGCGAUUUGAAAAAGUACAUGGACGACAAUCCUGGCGGUCUCAAUCCUGCACUCGUUAAAAGCUACAUGCACCAGCUGUUACAAGGCCUUCAUUACUGUCACGUUCGACGAGUCAUGCACCGUGAUCUGAAGCCACAAAACUUACUUCUCGACACAAAGGGCAACAUUAAAAUUGCUGAUUUUGGCCUAGCUAGAGAAUUCACACUACCCACUCGGGCGUAUACACAUGAGGUGAUCACGCUGUGGUAUAGGGCCCCGGAAGUUUUGCUGGGUUUGUCAGUCUACCUUGGUUCUGUUGAUAUUUGGAGUCUGGCCUGCAUCUUCAUUGAGAUGGCCACAGGCAGACCAUUGUUUCCAGGUGAUUCAGAAAUUGAUCAGCUCUUCAGAAUGUUCCGAACUCUCGGCACUCCGAGUGAAUUAACCUGGCCCGGGGUCUCAAGCCUUCCGGAUUACAAAAUGACUUUCCCAAAAUGGUACCCCCAGGAUCUUAAGUCCAUGUUUCAAAAUCACCUAGAUCCUUCUGGAAUCGACUUGCUCGAGAAUCUUCUGAUUUUCCACCCCCCGAAACGCCUGACAGCCAAAGAAGCCCUGGAACGACCAUAUUUUAAAGACGUCCAGUUGGUCAAGCCGAAAAAUGUCUACCCCAAUGAAAAUUUGCCAUAAAUAAAAAAAUAAUCUGUCUUUGUUAUUCGCUGGGUCAUGUCUUUAAUUAAUAUGUCUUUUAUAGAAUAUAUAUGUGUAUUUUUUUUAUAGAAUAUAUUUAUGUAUAUACCUGUGUGUAUUUAUAUAACGGUGAUGAUAUGAUGUUAAAUUCUUUUAGCGUUUUACGAAAUGUUUUUAAUCGUAAUAAUAAUGAUGAAAUCUCAUUGGUUAAUUACUUUAAUUAUAAAUGAUUAGAGUGAUUAAGACUUGUGCUAUUUGUGUGUGUGUGUGUGUGUGUGUGUGUGUGUGUGUGUAUUUUAUCAUUUUUCCGCAUAACUUUAUUUUUUUUUAAAAAGUCAACUUAUUAAAGCAGAGAUCACAUUUUAAUCUAUCCAGGAAUAAAUAAAUAAAUAAUAAUGUCUGUAACAUUUGUAUUAAACGAAAGUCUUUUCAUUGAUAUAUUUCUCGCUGUAAUUAAAAUUGUAAUAAAGAUUAUUCUGUGUAAAUCAGAAAUGUGUAAAUUAUGCAUCAGAUAGAAUUUGAUAGGACCAAAAUACGAAAUAAACUUUAAUUCUAAUUUGAUUGAAUGAUACAGAUUUAAUCAUGAUUAAGCGUAAUAAAUGAAAAUAGUAUAAGUAAUUAUAAGAUACUUUUAAUUAAGGCAAUCGAAGCAAUAAAAGUUGCACACACGAUAAUGACUUGGAUUCAAGUUUGGAUGAAAUUUUCGGGUAUCCCUAUCGUUUUGCAUGUAUCAUUUCGUUUCGUGUCUUAUAUAUCAUAUAAUAUAUCAUUGAUACGUUGAUAGUAUCACCUGGUCACAACCACACUUGAAUCACACUACAACUCUAAAUAACACAUUUUAUGCGGUGCCAAAAAACUUUCGGGUUGUAUUUGGCCGCUGUUGAAACUUUCUUUCUUGAAAAGGCAAACAAAUUUAUGCUAGAGAACUUUUUUCUAUUAAGUAACAAUUUUUUCAGUGAAUAUUUUAAGUUAGAGGUCGCAGUAUGGUAGAUUUGCGUGUCCUUGGUGCGUGCCAUAGGGAGUUGGCGGUGCGAAGGAUUGUUGGUGACGGGUAGGCGAUUGAUGUUGAGGAACAUUUGGUGGUGUCUGUGGCGAGGGUUGGUCGGCGAUGUGGUAGCCGUGAACUUCCAAGCCUCUCAAGUGGGAAAGUUGCCAGGGCUUAAUCCCUGUUGGAUCUACGACGCCCCCUGAUGGGUGGGUUUGUUGCUGGGGACCGGUUACGAUGUGCUGACUUGUUUUCGUUGUUGUCGUCUGGUGGUAGGUCGUCGAUCCGUGAUUAGGAUUUGAAGAAGGGUAGAUGACAGUGCUGGCUUCGAGAACGUUGACGCCGCUUGGAGAGAUUCCAUAUUUUUUGUUGAAAGCAUCCCUAUCAGCCGCGUCUUUGAUGAGAGAAGCUUUCUUAUCAGCUAUCCGGUCAAAAGCUGUUUCCUGCUGGCUCUCUCUCAGGGGCGAAAUAUUUGGCUGGCUAAAUUGUUGCGGUGUCGAAACAGCUUGAACGUUUUCAACGACUUGGUGUUGUGUUGUGAUUGUUGUUGUUCGCUUGUUGACGCUUGGUUGAACAACUUGGCUGGUCGUGUAGGUCGUCGAACGUUGUGGGUGCUGCUGCUGUGGUUGUUGUGGCUCACGAGGCUGGGAGCUCUGUAGUGCAGGAUCUCUUGAGUGAAACGCAGACUGCUGUGCCGGUGCAUCCUGCUGGAAGUAGAUGUGCCCGUGAAUCGGUUGAUCAACGGCUCGUCUUUCCAGGGGUUUUGGCUCUAAGGUGUCGGUGAAUGUCGGUAAACUUUCCAAGAGUGCUUGCAAUUUUUGAAAAUCUGAGUAUAAUCCUUGAGCCUGAGUGCGAGCCGUGGUUACGAUUUCGUGUUUCUGCUGAUCCUUCUUUAUUCCUUUCAUUGUAUCAAUUUCUUCGGGCUCAAGAGCGCUGUGAUGAUUUUUUUCUGGCACGUAAAUUCCUUCUGCAAGAGCUGAACCUAUCAGGCUACUCAUCCCUGAGAAGUAAAAUAUAUUUGCGAAGAGUUCAUCAGAAGGUUUAGGCUUGGAUGGCUCUGCGGCUUUUGGUGGACUUACAACUGUUGCAGUAGUAGCAGCAGCAACAGUUGUAGCCGUGGCAACACUAGCAGCUGGAACUGCUGCAGCAGCA